ACCGGAAGCGCAGGUAAGUUGUUGCAAAAUGCCUGCCAAGUUUGCGCUACAUUCAACUUUUUAGAUUUGCUUUUCAAGUAGUGCCGCUUCAGAGGUUUGCUUGGAAAAAGGAAGUUCCGCUGCAGGAAAAGCUAAGCGAGGUCUAUAAUUAUCUCAAGUCAUUUAUCAGAAUAGACCGUCAUUUUCCCAAAGUGCAGUUGUGAGGAUUUUACACGCCUUGGAAUAUCCGGACUGUUUUAGAAUUGCGUGAAAAUAUAAAAACAAAAGUAUUUGAACUUCCACAAUUUAUGUAUUUUAAGAUGCUAGUGGAAACGUUGAGUUGAAUAAUUUUUCACGGCAGCGCUUUCAGUUGUACGCUACAAUCUGAGGAGUGAUGGACAGAGACAUUGAAGAGCAGGACCCCCUCGCUGUAGACCCUGUUGACCGAGAUGGGAGACGGAUGGGGGAUACGGGAGGUGAUGAUGACGGGAAUAGGAAGGUUGGAUGCUGUGAGAGGUUCCAUCGCUCCAUCUCCAAGUGGAUGCUUCCGGAAGAACUCCACGAACAGUACCUGGAGCGAGCCAACUGCUGCCCCCCUCCCAUCUUCAUCAUCCUCAUCAGCAUCGGAGAGUUAGCAGUGUUUAUCUACUAUGCGGUGUGGAAGCCCCAGAAGCAGUGGGUUACCCUGGGCGAGGGCAUCUGGAACAGCCCUCUCUCCUACAAGUCUGACCGGCGAGAGGAGGCGUGGCGCUUCGUCUCCUACAUGUUUGUCCACGCUGGCGUGGAGCACAUCCUGGGCAACCUGGUGAUGCAGCUACUGCUGGGCAUCCCACUGGAGCUGGUCCACAAAGGCUUUGAAGUGGGCAUGGUCUACAUGGCAGGCGUCCUAGCAGGCUCCCUGGCCAGCUCCAUAUUUGAUCCUCUCAGUGCUUUGGUAGGGGCCUCUGGGGGGGUAUAUGCCCUCAUAGGUGGAUACUUCAUGAAUGCUGUUGUGAACUUCAGAGAGAUGAUUCCUGUCCUUGGAGUGUUUCGUAUUGGAGUGAUUGUAAUUAUUGUCGGGACAGAUGUCGGAUUCGCCCUUUACAGAAGGUUUCUUACUCACGACGUUGGCUUGAAGGUCUCGUUUGUGGCGCACAUCGGAGGAGGGGUGGCUGGGAUGACCAUUGGCUACGUGUUCUUCAGCGCCUACAACCAGAAGCUCCUGAAGGACCCGCGUUUCUGGCUCUGCAUAGUCGGCUAUGUAGUCUUCCUCUUGUUCGCUGUGCUCUUCAACAUCUUCCUUUCCCCUGCAUAAUUCCACACUACACGAAUGAAUGCGUUUUGAAUAACGGAAAUAGGGCAUUUCAGGGUCUUGGAAGGUUAUCCAAAAAAUGUAAACCUCUACUGCAGGAGAGAAGAGAUUUAAAUGGAAAGAGGGACCCCCUGUUGCUGAAGUGUAGAAUUACACACAGCACAAAUUCUCUCUGUUACAUGUUUUUUUUUUGUGAUUUUGAUAAUCAUCUCUAGGUUUUGUACUGAACUCAAUAUAUCUGUUUGUUGGUGUUACAGGUCUUUUUUUCAUGAUGUUUGUCCUGAUUGGUCAGUGAGGUAGGACAUUAUUUCCCCAAGCAGGUCCUUUCCUCCAAGUUUUAGAUUGGCCUACAAGUGAGUAUUUUCAAGCCAUCAGGAGCAGUGUGACAUCUGUUGGUGACUGGAGUGUCAAUUCAUAAACAAGCCAUGACAAUGGCCCAAUGCCAGGUUAUUGUUUCACUUCCCUGUUGACAGGAUGAGACGCUGUCUGCCAAUAGUACAUGUCAAUGUAAAUCUGCUCACACAUCCUUGGCUAAGCCUCUUUCAAUGAUCAUUUAUUGAACACAUAUUUUUAAUUUGUUUUUCUCUUUAGCUUUUUCUACUUGCCAGCAGUUUGUAAUUCGUCAGUCAGUCUGUUAGUCCUUGGGUGUUUUAGGAUGUUUGUGUACAGUGGAACAGUAGAGGGCAGCACUUUCCAUUGUAUAUUAGGCAUUUUCUAUAUCCAUUUUAAUUGUACCAGUGUGUAUUAGUCUACAUAACCUUUUAGUAAAAUGAAAAGGUCUCAACUUAAGGCCAUCUGGGUGGCACAUUUUUAUUGAAGAUAUCUUCAAAUUUUUCUCUUAAACUUAUUUGUGGUGAUAUUUGUUAGUUGGUAUCUGAAACCAAAUGGUGGUUCAAAAAAAUCUCUUAAGAAACCAAUACAUACUUUAGGUAUAUAUGUAAUUACAACUUUACCAUGUAUUUUCCAAGUAAAUCUUAGGUAGAAAGCAUAACAUUCCAAAUGUAAAUUACUUGUUUUUUAUUUGAGGCUUUUUUUUCUUCUCUUUUUUUUUAAAUCACCAGACUUGAUACUGUAUCUUCAUCACUUUUACAUGAAAUAAAUAUUUGACAUACA